AUGAAAGACAAGAUGAUGGAUGUUGAACACGAAUGCAACAAGUACAUAGAGGAGCGCACCGAGUACAAAAUAUACAAGCACAUAUCGGAGCAGCUCGAUCUCACGAACUUCGUUCCAAGAAACUACUACGAACUAAGGAACUACUGCUACUACGGCUAUUCAAAUUCGCUGCUGCGCCCAAAAUUUUGGAAACUCUUCUUGGGCUACCUGCCCAAGAACAAGUUCAAGACGGAGUUUCACCUGAGGGAGCGCAGGAAGUUGUACCACUUCUACCACGAGAAAGCACACACCGUUUUGAUGGACAAUCCGGGAAUCGACGAUGCUAUCAAUAAGGACGUGGACAGAGUGUGCAUCCUGCCUGUCACGGUGGGAAUAGAGGACAGCAAUAUCCAGCAGAAGUGCACUUUUCUCGACUCAAGCUCGGAUAAACUGCACAGAAAUGCGCUCAAGCGCAUUCUUCUCACGUUCAAGGUGACCAACUCGAGCGUAGGAUACACGCAAGGCAUGCACAUGGUGCUUAUUCCCAUAUAUUACGUGUUCUCAACGAGCUCGGAUAUCGAUGAUGUGAAGUACGCGGAGGAGGACGCAUUCUUCUGCUUCUUUAAUCUGAUGAGUGAGGUUGGCGAGCACUUUGUCAAGGAGUACGACUACGAUUGCACGCUGGGCAUACGUAAGAAGAUGAACAGUGUGCUCGAAUUGGUGAAGAAGUAUGAUAUUGAGCUGUACAAUGCGAUGGAGCGCAAGAAAAUAAGUGAGACGAUGUUUCAUCUGAGAUGGGUGUCGCUUCUGCUGUGCUCCGAGUUUGACAUCAACCAGGUGCUCGUGCUCUGGGACAAGCUGUUCUCCGAUAGUUACCGAUUCGAGAUGGUGAUCUACUGCUGCGCCGCUAUCAUCAUUCUGAUGAAGAAGGCGAUUAUGGAAUCAGAGUUUGAUGAGUGCAUGAGCGUGCUGCAGGCGACCAAGAAGGAUGACGUGCUCACCGUGUUUGCGCUUGCUGACAAGAUGAGGAGGGAGCACUUCUCGAGCGGUGAGUAGUUUAAUAAAGC